GGUCCCUGUGCUCUGGAGUACACUAAGCUGAAGACGUCCGACCACUUCUGGACGGACCCGUCGGCCAACGAGUUGGUCCAGCGCCACCGGAUCCACGGGGCCCACCGGGGCCAGGACGCUUCCCCCAGCAGGAGGCCCGCUCUGGGGAUCCAGAAGAGACAGUCCAGCGUCAGCAUGUCCGAGGAUAAGUUUGCGGCGUCUGCGCGGGAAUACGUGGAAUCUCUUCACCAGAACUCCCGUACUCACCUGCUUUACGGGAAAAACAACGUCAUGGUCCAACCGAAGAAAGAAAUGGAGGUGUUGCGGGGGUACCUGUCCCUUCACCAGUCAGGGGACAACCUCACCCUGAAGUGGACCCCUAACCAGCUCAUCAACGGCACCCUGGGGGACUGUGACCUGGAGAAGAGUAUCUACUGGGACUAUGCGUUGACCGUGCCUUUGCGACAGAUCGUGUGCAUUCACUGUCACCAGCGACCUGACUGUGGUGGGACGUUGGUGCUGGUUAAUCAGGAUGGUAUCCAGCGCCCCCCCCUCCACUUCCCUCCCGGCGGCCACCUUUUGGCCUUUCUGUCCUGCCUGGAGACGGGCCUGCUGCCCCGCGGUCAGCUGGAGCCUCCACUCUGGAGCCAGAGAGGCAAGGGUAAGGUGUUUCCUAAGCUAAGGAAGAGGACCAGCACAGUCAGGCUGGUAGAUCAGGAGGGUGAGGACCAGACAGUCAGGCUGGUAGAUCAGGAGGGUGAGGACCAGACAGCAGCUGACUACGUGUUCCGCAUCGUCUACCCUGGACGCCACCACGACUCUAUGACUAUAAACUACCACCACACCACGGGCAGCCGUGCUCCCUCGCUGGAUGAUGAUGAAGAGGAGGAGGAGGAUAGACUCCAGGCUAUGAUCUCAAUGAUGUGCUGGCGGAACCUCACAGAUCCUAAUGUCAUGAAAGACCAUGGGGAGAUGAUGGACAUCCAGGGAGCCUAUAUGGGAGGCAGCCCGUCGUCAUGGCAGCAGGGAGCAGAGUGCACCAGUCACAUGUCGUCAUGUCUGCCUUGCUCCGCAGGGGGCAGUAACGUCUCAUUGGAAUACCCAGCAGGCUGCACCUGCAUCCACGACCGGAGCCCUCUGAAGAUGCUGUGCCAGAAUAUGAAAAGGCAGAUCGUCUCCAGGGCCUUCUACGGAUGGCUGGCCUACUGUCGACACCUGUCCACGGUCCGUACCCACUUGUCAGCACUGGUCAACCACAACAUUGUCCCUCCUGACAAACCGUGUGAGGCGUCGGGGGGCCUGAGUAAAGACUUGUGGAGCAAGUACCAGAAAGACUGCAAG